AACAUGGAUGCAAGAAGGCUUUUCAUGCUUUAAUGGCAUAUUUUGAUGGGGAAACAGAAAAUCUUCGCCAAGUACUUAAACUUCAGGUUAAGGAUAUAUGUCCUUUGGCUGUUGCUGUGUCUAAUUCUCAACUAGAAAUUGCAGAAUACAUCUUUCAGUAUGAUGACGGAAUGAGCUGGAAAUCAAAAAAAUCAGCAGAAAAUAUUCUCCAUCUUGCCAUUCAAACUGGAGAUCCAAAAAUGAUCGGACUAGUUCGUUCAAAGACAAUGGGAGGGCUUUGCGAGGAAAAAGACGUGUGCGGAUUAACUCCAAUUAUGUAUAUGAGUGCUCUUGGGCUUCAAGAUUAUUAUUCUCUCCUUAAAUCAGAUGCUCUGCUAGACCCAUGGGGGGAUUCUCACGCUGGUCACAAAGACGAUGAUCCUGAUAUGUCGUGCCUCAAUUGUUUGUUAAAUAAAUGUAUUGGUUGGUCAAAAAUAUAUAACAGGGGUCCACUAAAUAAGGAUACACAACCAAUGAGGUCAGAAAAUAAUGCUCUUCCUCCUCAAUUGCUUACGGAGUACUUCUGGAAAUUAGGGAAAUAUAGGUCGGAUAACCCAUUGAUUUCUGCUAUGAUGAUAUCUUGUGGCUAUAAUGCAACAUUUACCUCUUUAAUCAAAAUGGUGUCCAGAAAAGAAGGCAUUGAAAAAAUGAUAUCCACGGAGGGCAUAGAAAAAACACUGGACGAAUUCCAAAACAGUCCCACUAUUCUUGAAAAUAUACUAGCCAUGUCCAUUGUCGCUAAAAAUGAAGAGGUUUUUGUGAAAUUGCUAAGUCUUGCCAGCGGUUUAAACAAUACAAUGAAGAAAAAUUAUGGCACAUCUAUUUUUGAGGCUGUUAUUGGGCUCUCCAGAUUAGACCUUCUUGUCCAUCUCAAGAAAGCUUUGAACUAUCAAGAGGACGAUUUUUCGACUUUUAAAGAAAUCCAAUACACAUUACCCCAAAAACAACUUUGGUUAUCAGAAUUGGACAACAUUGGAGGUAAACAAUGGCCGAAUUUUGAAUUGUCACCAGAGAGACAUGAUCCAAGGAUUCUUAAGUCUGAUUUAUGGCUGGUCCAAUCAGUAACAUUUCCAGAAUCGAUCAGACAGGAAUUGGAGGCAAAGAGUGCCAAAGAAAACAUCAUUCCUUCAGAGUUUUCUGACUUAAAAUACACUGUAGACUUCGACAGUUUUCGCAAAAUUGCAGAUUUUGGGAACUUUUCUGAUGUUUGGAUUCAAUGUUUCCUAACAUCUAGUAUAGUUCUUAAUCAUAUUGAGGACAUUAAAAUUAGUGAGGCCACUAAAUCUACUCCUGUGAAGUCAGUUAAAGUAGUAUGCCUUACGAGUGGAACAGCAGAUCAUCCGAAAGUCACCAUGGAUAACACGGGAGCCAUUUUAAACCAGAUUCGUGUAUCCACGGACAAAGGAUCCCUCUUUGUUAGAUUAGACAAAAGCUGCUGUCAACGACAGAAUGAAAUUCUACUUAAAGAAGAUGUACAGGAGAAUGUAAUUCCAUACUUUGAAGAUUUUAUUCAAAAGGAAUUUGGACUUGGUAUAAAAAUAAAGGUAGACUGGAAUGCCAUUGAACUAAGAAAAAGGACUUACAACACAGAAGUUGUCAUGAAAUCCUUAAACGGAUUAAUAUAUGGAAAUAAGUUAGGAGGGUUAGAGGAUACAUUAAAUGAGUGCAGAGAUAUGAAAAAUGAUAUCGAAUCAAUGUUUGAUAGAGAGACCGCAAAAUACGCCCUCCGCGAUGUUUUGAACAUGAAAGAAAUUAUAGUGUCACUUGAAGAUAAGAUGACUUCGCAGCAAACUGGAUUCAUAAGUGGACACAACCAUGUUAUUGGUAAGGUUAACUGGAAAUUCACGAUCACAAGAUCUCGUCUUUACUAUGACAGAUCGCAAUUCCCGUUAUGGCAAAAUCUUACCAUUUUGCGCUCUGUCUGUGGAGCAGUAUGCCAGUCCGUUUAUUCCAUCUCCAAGAUCAAUGGCAUAGAAGACAAUGAUAACGCAAACAGCACAAAGCGCUGCAUAGAACCUGUUACUUUCGAAGUAGACUUACCAUCCUUUGGAAUAAAUGACCUGUCAAUUUUGAGAACGCUAAUGUGUCGUGACGUCGGCAGAGAGCUUGUAGCUAUCGCCUACGAUUGCAAAUCAAUGCUAAGAUUAAAAUACACUUCUAAAAGAGUGCUACUGAAGAACACUAUAUCCCUGCAGCACACGGGGGUAUCUUUCCAAGAUGACACAGCGACUGUUCAUGUCUGCUGCAAUGAGACAGACAAUAAAGAAUGGAUUGUAGAAAGGAGCAACUCGUUCUCUAGAUUAUCAGACGCAGAAGACAAGCAACUAUUGGUGGAAUGGCCUGCGGAGAGCAGUAAUGAACUCAGUCAAACGGUUAUCAACGUUCAAGAUGAAAUCAAAAAGAAAAUUGGAGUUGCCAUUACUUUUCAGUCAGAUGAAAAGCGAUUAAUACCAGCUUGUCUUUUGAAGUUCAGACGCGAAUUGAGUCAUCCACAUGAUUUGGUUAGACUCUCCUUGAAAGCUUCCUAUACAGAAUAUAAAAAUGCGUAUAUUCGAAUCUUUGAUGACCUUCUUUUGUCACAGAGGUACCCAGUCAUAAAUCAGAAUCCAAUUCCACAGGGUUUAUCCGGAGUUUGGGUGAAAAUUAAGCCAAAUAAAGUAAAACCAGGACAACUUGUAUUAACAAAGAAGCUAGCAAAGACAGAGUUGCUAUCAUGUCUUGAAAGACCAAAGUACGUGAAACUGCCUAUUCUCGAAAAGGAAUGUUUUGAAAUGAUUUCUGAAUCGACAGAGCUCAAAGAACACCUUGAAGUAUGGAAGCAUGAAAUCAUAACAGAGAAAACUCAAGCUGAUUUUAACCAUUUUGUUGUUUUGCGUGAAGGAAAUAUUUUCACAUUUUCUGAUUCUGAAUUUUACAAGAAAUGCAUUCAGGAAUUGCCCUUGCGUGUUGUGAUAUCACAAGAUACUGCAUAUGCUUUAGAGAGCGGAUAUAGGGAUUUUCUCCGUAAUAAAAUUAUGGAUAAUAUAACACAAGCUGAAUUUCCCUCGGUUAAUAUAUUUCAGUUACAUGUUAAAGCGAAGCAAAAAAUCAAAAAAAUAAUAAAUAUUGAAAACAUAGACAUACAAUGGAGGACAUUUGUCUUCAAGGAUGACUCAGAAAUCGACCAAACAUUUUCGGAUUGUCUAAAUGCUGUAGUGGAGUCAUUCCAUGACAUUUUUCCUACGGUACCAGAAUGCACUGUUUCUCAAAAAGUGCUGUUGGAAAUGCAUUCCAUGUUCUCUGGUGUGUCAGGUUUGCGCAUUGCGAUGCGAGAACGCAUUAAUGCAGUGGAUGAGGAAGGUAUAGAAAGAACAAUAUCUGACGAAAAGAACCCUGGUGUAGUGAUUCGGAUUUUCAGUGGAAAUAUUCUUGAAAUUAUUUUCAGGCAAAAAGUGAAAAUAACAAAAUUCUCAGACCUUCUGUGUUCUGCAAGUGCUCAGCUUGCUGAAAUGAAAAUAAAAUCACUGAUAGGGUGCAAUAGUAAGAAACAAAAACCUGCAGGUCAAGCUGAGGUACAGAAAGAAAGACCAAGGCCUAUUAUUCGUCCAUCUUAUGAUAAAGUCAUGCUUCAUCUUGGAGAUAUGACAUUUGCUGUGUCUUCAAUCUGUUCCAGCAUCAAAAGCUUUAUAACAGUUGUUCCUGACGAGGUGGAUGACUUUUACUUCGUUACUUCUAGAAGAAAAACGGGCUUCGUGCUGAAGAACAGAACAUUGCUCUACAGUAUCUCCAAGAACAAUGUGAAUCCUGGGGUGCUAGCUGAACAGCUUCUGGAGGAGUUUGAAUUUCAAGGUUUAAAGAAGUCAUUGGUCAUUCUAGACUUGAGUGUAAAAGCACCAGCUUUUCACGAUAAAAACAAUAAAAUAUUAAUUGUUACUAUAGCAAUCAGUAAUUACAACGAAGAUAUGGAUACCAGCAACCAAUACAACUUAACAAAUGCAGAUGACUACAGUGUCGUAUUACAAGAACACACAGAGAGCCUUAAAGUUUCUAGAGUGGAACAGAAAGAGGAACAUUUGAUCUUAACAAUACCAUUGUCUGACAAAGUAAAGAUAUGCAACAAACAAGGUGUAUCAAUUCAUCACAAAUACAUUAGGCAAGAAAACUCCAAAAGUCUUAUUUUGGACACUCAUUCAGACAAACUUUCGGAACACCAAUACCCAAAAGAAAUGAAUAAAGAGAUCACUGUAAAGAAAAAUAAAAUUCUUAAAUUUCUUCUUGAGCAUAAUACAGUGCUUAGAGAAGAUGGGCAUCAGCAUGAAAGGCAUACAAAUGAGGGAAAAUGUGAAGUAGUCCUUCAUUCCCAGAAAGUAAAGUUUACCUUUUACUUUCAAAAGAAACAUUUCCCAAGUUCAGCACCAACAAUACCAUUCAAAUUGUCAGCACCAUGGAAUGGUCCUUACUCGUUGCUAGUAAAUGAUUCUCAACGCGGCUUCAGAGUCCGAGCUCAAUGCCUGUGCUGCAACCAAUAUUUGAACAUUAUCACUCAUCUGGGGAAAAUUGAUUCUAGUCUUGACCUUGAAGUGAAUUACAGUGAAGUGGAAUCCUGACUUUAAUUUUGUGGACUAUAUAUUUUUUUACAAAGGUUAUCACAAAAUUGUAGGUUUUGUUCUAUUCAUUUCAUUAUUAUACAUGUAUAUAUAUAUAUUUCUUUAUUUUUAUGUAGCUAAGAAUGAAACAAAAGCAAUGUAAAUGGGUACGAUUUUGUGAAGAAGAUUGUGAAACUAACCAUAAUGCUAAAUAUCUCAAUAAACAGUGUGAAGAUUUCAAAUUUUAUUAAACUUCUAGGGCUCAGCAUUUAAGGUUCAUUGACUCUCUGAUAAGCGAGAUAAUCUGUAUACUCUUUAGAAAAUUUUAAGUUGAAAGGCGAUUUUUGUCAAAUUUUGCUGAGCAAAGGCCAUUGUAUACUGAAAUUGUGUGUUUUAACUAAAAAUUACCUUUCUUUUGGAAAAUCAUCAGCAUUAAAGCAUUUUAUAAAUGAGUGAGCAGAGAGAUGGUGAACCUUAAACCCUUUAUAUUGAGCAUGUAAUUUGUGUAGAAUAUGGGGAUUAAUCUAUUUUGUACUCUCUUUUUCUCCUUGACAUAAAUGAAGCAUGAUAACUAACAUUUUAUACUUUGAUACUAUUAGUAAAAAUACAUGUACUUAAUGUUUGCUUUGUAAUUUUUAAUUUAUUAUUGUC